CGGGGGAUGCCGGGUGCCGUAGUUGCAGCCGCCUGGUGAAAGUUAAUCACUGAAUGUGGGGUGGGCACUUCCCAGAGCUCCCCGGUGUCCCUCAUUGCCAUGCCGGCUUUGUCAGCCCGGAGGGGAGCGGCGCAGGAUGGAUGAGCGGGCGGCCGCCGGGGCAGGCGCCCGCGGGAAUUAUUUUGGAAGGGAGGAGAGUAUCAAGUGAUCUGGCCUACUGAAGAGGAGCCUGAAGCCAUCCCUGAGUGGAAAUUUUGGACUUGGACAAGGAAGGCUGAGUGUGUCUCCCCAUGUGGCAGAACUGCUUCUCCUUACCAGGGAACUCCAGGUGAAGGACAUAGGUCAAGGGCAGCUUUUACAUUCCACCCAAAAGGCACCAGAGUUUGAGAUGAGGAAUUCAGAAGAGCAAGCAGCUACGACAGUUUUACAGCGCCUGCUGCAGGAGCAACUCCGAUACGGAAACCCAAAUGACAACCGUAACCUUCUUGCCUUACACCAGCAGGCCACAGGGAAUGCCCCCCCUUUCAGCAGCACCGGGAGUCCAGCAUCUCAGAACGAAGGGCUGAGCUCCCAGGACCACCAGCUUGUGACUCAUGCUGCCCGUCAGGAGCCCCAGGGCCAGGAGAUACAGGUGGACAACAGCAUCAUGGAGAAGCAGCUCUCCCCACGGCUCCAGAACAGCGAGGAUCUCCCGACCUACGAGGAAGCCAAAGUCCAGUCCCAGUAUUUCCGGGGUCAGCCUCACGCCAGCGUCGGGGCAGCCUUCUAUGUAACGGGGGUCACCAACCAAAAGAUGAGGACUGAGGGGCGGCCCACGGUCCAGCGGGUGAGCCCGGGGAAGGUCCACCAGGAUGAAGGACUGAAGGACCUCAAGCAAGGGCACGUGCGCUCGCUGAGCGAGAGGUUGAUGCAGCUGUCCUUGGCCACCAGCGGGGUCAAGGCCCACGCGCCGGUCACGAGCGCGCCGCUCUCCCCCCUCUCUCCACUUUCUCCUCAGCAGUCCAGCGACCCUUAUAAAAAUUCUGGCUCCAAUGAGUUCUACAAGAACUCGGUGCAGCCCCCUUCCCAGCCCAGCAUGAAAGGAAUGGAGCAGCGGGGUCCUCCUCCCGAGUAUCCGUACAAAAAUGUGUCCACCCCGUCUAUGAACUGCAAACCUCAGGACUCGGGACAUUUCUAUAGUGACCAUCGCAUGAGCCAGCAGGGAAGAGCUGAUGGGCCUAUGAUGAGGUAUCAGCACCCCCCUGAGUAUGGGUCAGUCAGGCAGAACCCAGAUGUGCCACUGCAGUUACAACAGAGACCACCUCACCACCACAGCCCGACGUCUUCCUUGACAUCCCUGGGAUCUUUGACUUUGCUUCAGUCUCCGCCACCAUCUAGGCUGUCCCCUUCCCAACAUCAGCAACCUCUGACUCCAAGCCAGGCAGAUCCUGGCAUUCUGCCACGGACCCAGCAGCCUUUCUUGUCCAACCAAGUCCAUCAGGGAGAUUUGUACCGGCUAUGCCAGCCCUUCCUUGGCCCGCAGCAGCAGCAAGGCGACUCCUACUCAGUGAUGCCCCGGGCUCAGCAGAUCCCUUCCCCAUACCAGCAGAUGCAAGUAGAUCCUUUUGCCAUCGUUUCCAGGGCCCAGCAAAUGGUGGAAAUCCUGUCAGAAGAGAACCGGUCUCUGCGACAGGAGCUGGAUGGGUGUUAUGAGAAAGUGGCCCGGCUGCAGAAGUUGGAAACAGAAAUUCAGCAAGUUUCAGAGGCAUACAAAAACCUGGAGAAAUCAUCCUCUAAGCGGGAUGCCCUGGAAAAGGCCAUGAGAAACAAACUGGAAGGAGAAAUUCGAAGGCUUCAUGAUUUCAACAGGGAUCUAAGAGAACGUAUGGAGACAGCCAAGCAGCUUGCAGAGAAGGAGUUUGAGGGGUCUGAAGACAAUCGGAAAACCAUCUCUCAGCUCUUUGCACAAAGGUGAGUUGACAACAAGGAAACACAGCGGGAAAAAGAGAAACUGGAAAUAGAACUGGCUGCUGCCCGUUCCACCAACGAGGACCAACGACGACACAUCGAGAUCCGAGACCAGGCCUUGAACAACGCUCAGGCCAAGGUGGUGAAACUGGAGGAGGAGCUCAAAAAGAAGCAGGUCUAUGUAGAGAAGGUGGAGAAGAUGCAGCAGGCCUUGGUUCAGCUGCAGGCAGCGUGUGAGAAGCGGGAACAGCUGGAACACAGGCUGAGGACACGGCUGGAGAGAGAACUGGAGUCUCUGCGGAUGCAGCAGCGUCAGGGCACAUCUCAGGCUGCCAACGUCUCCGAGUACAACGCCACGGCGCUCAUGGAACUCCUGCGGGAGAAGGAGGAAAGGAUUCUGGCUCUGGAAGCUGACAUGACCAAGUGGGAACAGAAAUACCUGGAGGAAAGUGUGAUGAGACAGUUUGCUUUGGAUGCAGCUGCAACUGUGGCUGCUCAGAGGGACACGACGGUGAUCAGCCACUCGCCCAACCCCAGCUAUGACACCUCACUGGAAGCUCGCAUCCAGAAGGAGGAGGAGGAGAUUCUGCUUGCCAACAGGAGAUGUCUUGACAUGGAGGGAAGGAUUAAGACUCUCCACGCUCAGAUCAUUGAGAAGGAUGCCAUGAUCAAAGUCCUGCAGCAGCGCUCCCGGAAGGAGCCUGGCAAGACAGACCAGCUCAGCUCCAUGAGACCUGCCAAGUCCCUCAUGUCCAUCUCCAACGCUGGCUCGGGCUUGCUGUCCCACUCCUCAACACUGAGCAGCACUCCCAUCCUGGAGGAGAAGAGGGAGGACAAGAGCUGGAAAGGCAGUCUGGGUGUUCUGCUGGGAACAGAAUAUCGCUCUGAAUCCAUUCCCUCCACGCCCUCUCCCGUCCUUCCUUCCACACCACUGCUGUCAGCCCACUCAAAAACAGGCAGCAGAGACUGCAGCACCCAGACAGACCGGGGAAGUGAACAGAGCAAAGCUGCACCUUCCCCUGCAGCUCCUGCCCCAGGACGACUCCCCAGCACCAGCCUGACCUACAGUGCAGAGAAAACAGAUGGGCUCUUCCACUCCAGCACUCUUGAAAGAAAGCCCCUGUUAGACCAUGGGCAGACCUUCCAGAUGGAGAGAUGGUUAGAAUACCUCAUUCUGAAAGCCUGUACCAAGAUCUGAGCUGGUAACAGUAGCAAGAAAUUUUAAAAGACAUUUUUAUUGGGAAAAAUUGUAGUACCUGGUAAUAAAAGAACAGUCAUCUGUUUGCUCUUGUAUAUUAUGUCUCAAAAGUAUGGACAGGUUAAUUUAUAAUUUGUUCUAAAUUAUAAAAAACCACUUUUCUUUGCAAGUUUCCCCCUUUAUUUUUUAAAUACGUAUCUGAUAAUAUCUGGAGGAAAAAACCCCUAGAACUUAGGUGUGCUACAUCUGAGAUUUCAUUUCAGUAUUUUUAAAGUCUCUUAAACAGAAGUACCUGCUCUCACAGGUGUUGGUUACAUGUCCAGCUUAAAUGCAGUAAGGUGAGCUUAGUGGCCUUAUAAUGAUUAGAACCAGGGACUUUGUUGUGAGCAUCACUUAAUGGUUUUAGAAUCAGGUGUUCUGAGAAGCUUUUAUAAAUCUGGGCUGUGAUCCUGUUUCCUCUCAGUGUAAGAACUCAGAAUAGGUAUUUCAUAUUCACAGGCUGAAAAGAUUUCAAUUUUCAGUGUAGUAACUUUUUUUUUUUUUACUUCCCAAAUUUCUUUCUUUAUUAUUUCUUUAUUAAAAAAAAAAAUUACUCCGGUGAUUAAUGUUGCAUUUCACAUUUUUAGUUUCAUUGCAAGAUUUGCCACACUUUUAUACUUAAAUACUUUUUCAGUAAUUUAUACAGUGGAUAGUAAAUAAUAUAUUGCAUUCAUGUUUUACAUAAAUUAAAAGAGGAGAGUUUACAGGCCUGGUCCUGAUCUGUUAGAUCAGAUUUCUGUCAUUGUAAUUCCAUUGGCUUUGGUGGAACUACUCCAAAUUUACCAUAGUGCAAGUGGGAAGACCUGUUGCUUUUCAUUAUUAGCAACUUAAUCUACUACAUCUGUGGAGAUGUUUCUCUGGAGCAGAUUUUUCUAUCUUUCAAAUGCCCCUCUACUUUGUAUGUCCCUCCUGUUUGGAGAGACUGGAUUCUUUGUCCUAUAGCAAAGCCUCAGAGGUAGAGCUUUAAAGAGAAACUCUAUGUAGAAGUUCAGAUGGAAGGUUCUUUCCUUCCAAAAUACUUUUUAGUUCAUCUAACUGGAGAGAGUGGCUUAAAGUCCCAGAGGCAUCACAGAAGAAAGUUACACAUUUAAGUCAUGAGAUUCACUUUCAGAUUUUUGGGAACUAGCACAGCAGUGCUUUGGUUACAGAUACUAUAAGGAGAUAUUAAGACCAAUAGAAGUACAUGAGUAUUUUUUUGUUACUGUCUUUGCAUUUUAUUAAAACACUUCAAUAUUAAUUUCUAUUAAAAACUAUUCUUUUUGUACUUGAAUGUUAAAAUAUUUCCUUAGCCAGUGCUCACACAUGGGGAGCCUGGCUAGUUUCAGCCUUCUAUGCAGCAUUAGAGUAGCCAGAUUUUUAUUUCUGAUCAUUUCACCUCAGAAAUAAGGAAAUCCAGCAAUUAAUCAUCAAACAGUUAGUGAAUGUCUUUGAUUCUUCCUUAGUUGACAUUGCUGCUGUGAUGUUCAAUUGAAAUGGCCUUAUCAGAUCAACAGACACCACAUGAGUUUCACAGUGGAGGGUUGGGAGGGGAAAGGAGGUGCCUUCUGUCUGCUGCACAAGGGACUUGGUGGUGCCUAAAGGUCAGCUGCAAGGAAAACACUUCCCAUAAUUUCUAGCAGAUUUGCUCCUUGUUAGUGUUCUUCAGGCCAUAUCCCCAGUCCCACAGAAGCCAGAGAUGGCCAAGUGUGUAAGGUAAGAGAUGCACUAAGUGUGUAUGGCUUUAGCAGUCACUGCUCUACCAGGCAGCACAAACCCCCUUCCAGCACCACUUCAGACAUUUCAGAGCUGCCCUUCAAGGCUUUGACUGUCUGUGCCACAUGGGACAACAUCUCUCUGGACAGCUAUGGACCUUCUUUCCCUCUGAAUCAGUUCUCCUCUUUGUAGGCAAACUUUGUAGAGUUUGCCUUUUUGUAGGCAAACUGUCCACAGCCUCUUCCUUCUCAUCCCUGAGAAGGUCUUACAUUUAUUUCUCUUGGCUUAAUCCCAUCCCAUUAUAUGAAGUUAUGUCCACCCUGGAUGAUUUGAAGUGAUUUCUCUUCCUCCUCCACAGUUGUUGGAAAUGCAGGAGAUUUGCUCAUUAGCUCAAGGUGUCCCAUCUUUUUGCCAUUGCAGCAGAAAUAUAUUUUGUGGUUUUGGCUUAGAAUGAACAACAAGGGAGAUAAAAUGCCAUUGAGUGUCUGUCUCAGAGCAGGUUUGAGUGCUUUUCUGUUCUUUUAAAGUCAGGAAAAAUUAUAUUCCAUCUUUACAAAUACUUCUCAGCAGUCUGAAAGAAGUUUUACAACCGUAGGGCUCUAGAUAAAAGGUUCCAACUCACUUGAUUCACAUUAAUUCUAAACAUCUGGGAAAUUUGGAUCCUUUACAGGUAAAAUCUCUUUUAGAAACUGAUUUUCCCCAGUCAAUAUUGUCUCUUUAGGUAAAUGUAAUUGAUUUAUCCUCGUUGCAGCUCAUUGUUUUCAGAGUGCCACUGUGAUUUAUUUUUACGAAUAAAAAAACUGACAUAAUAGCUUUCUGUGAAUAAAAUGCAGAUGAUGGACAGCAACUGUCUCCUCCAAAAACGGAAGCCAGGUGGUCGCUGACAGUCCAAACCAUCAGGAUUGCAGGAGCCUUGGCAAGAGCCUGUGGAAGUAAUAUUGGAAGAAAAUGGUGCAGAUUUACAUUGUUCAGGUCAGGUUCUUUGCCCUGUUUCGUAGUUUUUAUUUCUUUCAAAAGCAAAACCCCGAAAACUUUUUGAUGUGGAAGUUGGAGGUCAUUUUCCUGUGCUGACAAACUAGGAGCCAUCAGGAAUGUAAUUCUGUCCCUCGAGCUUCCUCCGAGCCGUCCUGAUGUGAAUGUAAACGAGCCCCUUGCUUUGAGGAAGAUGUGUACUAUAGCCUUCAGUCUCUGUACAGAUCUUCACUGUGUUUUUAAACAGAAACUGCUUUAAGGAGACAAACUGCACACCUAGUUCUUUUGCCUUCUGUAGAGCUUAUUUCUAGUAGAAAGUGAUUUUUAACAAUGAUUGCAAUGACCUUUGCAAACCAAAAUUUUAGACUAAGAGUUUUUCUUAAACUCGGGUAUUAGAAGCAGAAUUGUAGCUUUUUAUAAAGAAAGCCACAUAUUCUUCUUUGUAGAGCGAAACAAGAAAAUUAAGUUUAGUUAUGUUUCCUCUUUCCUUUCACUGCUUACAGAAUGGCUAAACUCUCAAGUCCUUCCCUUGGGCAGUUCCUUUGGGAUUUGGUGGCUCGGGGAACUGCCUGAGAUGCAGAGGCUUUUGUUCCCACCUGGCCCAGUGUUGUUAUUAACUUACACAGCUCCUGCCUGGCAGCUCCUGGCAGGGUCAAGAGCAGCAAUUUUGUGUCUGAGGACUCAAGGGGUUGUGUGAGUUGCUCCUCAGGAGUCUGCACAGGGGACUGAGCUCAGCAUGUCUUAUGGGGCGAAAUUCUGUGCAUGUGGCCUCUGCUGCUGCUGUUUGCAGCAGCUUUGCUGUAAAGAAGCUUUGCUUUGUUUUGAGACUGCCUGAGUGAGGGGACUUGCAGAGUUUUAGGCCAGACCCAUUUCCAUGGGCAGCUCCUGCUCCGGGAGCCCACAGUGGUGAGCGGGAUGUGUGACCCCUGCACAGUGAAUCCUGACAGCUGGGCCAGGCCCAGGGCUCUUCCCACAGGGACCAGAACUCGGUGCAGUCAGGGUGGGCAAAACCCUGGGGGUGUUUGUGUCCCUCCCUAGGGCUGGCACAGGUUAUCCCAGGAUUCUCUGCACCACUGCUGGUGGGUUUGCUCCAUGCCAGGGGCGGGCAGACAGGGGGCUGUGGGGAGAGGGGGAUCUCUUUUCAUGUAUUUGUAUAGGAACUCUUUUGUAAAAGCUAGUGGUUUUAUGUCUAGGAAGUAAAAAAAAUUGUAAAAUGUAAUUGUACUGUAUUUAUGAAGAAAUACAUUUCUUU